CUGGUUCAAAGUAUUUUUGUUGUGCGUCAUUUCUUUAUUCGUUUAAUACAAUCUGCGUGCUUUUUUAUUGUUUCUCUCGAUUUUUCGCGGUAUAAUUUCGUCAUCGCCGAAAAUAUAUAUUAAGACCAAAGGAUAAACAGAACUAGAUUAUACCAAAAUGGCAGGAACUUCGCAGAAAUAUAGGAAUUUCGUAGCUGAACCUAUGGGUGACAAAGAUGUGACUGAAUUAGCUGGCAUUGGUGAGACGCUAGGCGGUCGAUUGACGGAAGCUGGCUUUGAUAAGGCGUACACCGUGCUGGGUCAGUAUUUAAUACUGAAAAAAGACGAAGAAUUAUUCAAAGACUGGAUGAAGGAUGUAUGCAAUGCGAGCUCAAAACAGGCAUCAGAUUGUUACAACUGCUUGAAUGAUUGGUGUGAAGAGUUCCUGUAAAUGUGCUGCGACGGCAACUGCACGCUACUAUAAUAUUUCCACUUAUGCACGCGACAACGUGGGUGUAUGCAUAGAACAAAACUCAUAAUAUAUAUAGUAUUUUUUCUAUGAGAGUCAUUUAGUAGCAUUUAUAUGUAAUUUAUGAUAGAGAAAAUAACAACUUAAGAUUCAUUAAAUGAUUUUUAAAACUAA